UGGAGUAAACUGAUGAGUAAGUAUAUCUUCCCACGAUGGCGAAAGAGGCAUGAGAAGAAAAGAGAUAUGGCGGGAGUGAUUAGGGUGAAGCAAAUGUUUCUAUGCUCGUCGAUUCUCGCGAGCAACAACAUCAACAAGUCUCUAUCGCGCCUUCCUCGGCGCAGUAUCAGUGUAACCGCGGGGAAUCUCAGUUCUAGCGAGACGAAGAAGAAGGAGAAAGAGAAGAGGAAGAGGAGGAAAGAGAUCGAAGUCGCGAGAGCGACGGCGGAAGCUGUGGUGAACAAAGAAAAGAGGAGGACGCGGUCGAGCAGAGAUUAUGAGAUCGGCGGCGACGGGGAGGCUCCGUCGUCGCAUGUGCCGGUCAUGCUCGGAGAAGUCAUGGACGUUUUCGCCUCGGUUCGAUUGAGAAGCUUUGUGGAUUGCACACUUGGCGCAGCCGGUCACUCUUCUUCUAUUAUUCAAAGUCACUCUGAGUUGAAGCAUUUCGUUGGAAUGGAUGUGGAUCCCGUGGCUCGGAAACUGGCUCACUUUCAUAUCGAUUCUCUCAUGCAUCCAACUUUGAAGGCUUCUGUUGUGUUAAAGAACUUCAAAUACAUCAAAUCCGCGGUUGCUGAUACGCAUCCGGAGCUCUUGGAUGUUGGUGUUGAUGGCAUUCUUAUGGACCUGGGGAUGUCAUCUAUGCAGGUAAACAAUCCGGAAAGAGGGUUUAGUGUUCUUCAGCAGGGACCUCUUGAUAUGCGCAUGGAUCCUCAGGCGAGUUUGACAGCGGAAGAUAUAGUGAAUUCUUGGCCGGAAUCAGAACUGGGGAGAGUUCUAAGAGAAUACGGCGAAGAAAGCAAUUGGCAUUUACUUCAAACUAGAAUCGUUAAGGCUCGACUUAGUGGUGGCUUACAUUCUACUGGUGACUUGGUGGAUCUCAUUAGAAGCAUGUCACCACCAAGCAGAGGAGGCAGACAAGGUUGGAUAAAGACAGCGACACGUGUGUUCCAAGGCCUAAGGAUUGCAGUGAACGACGAACUCAAGACACUACAAAACGCACUCUACUCAUCCUUCGAUGUUCUCUCCCCAGGUGGGAGACUAGCAGUCAUCUCCUUUCACAGUCUUGAAGAUCGGGUAGUAAAACAGACGUUCCUCGACAUAUUAGGGUUUCAAAGAGAAGAAACGAGCACAGAGACGAGCGUAAAACCGGAGAGACAAAUCGAAGAAAGUAUAGACAAAGAGUUAAAAGAGAGAGAAGCGUGGAUCAAACAAACUGUAAUCAGCUCGAAAGGUGUGAUACUAACAAAGAGACCUAUCACUCCUUCAGAGGAAGAGGAGAAACUGAAUCGCAGAGCAAGGAGCGCUAAGCUAAGAGUGGUUCAGAAGUUGUGAGUGAUUGUUCCAUAAAAUGUUUCCUUCUCUCUUUAGUGCUAAGUUCAUUCAUUUCAGUUAUGAUUAAACCGAUAUGUACCAAAACAGAUAUUUCCAUCCGGUUUAGUUCCAAAUUUUCGAACCA